AUGAAAACGGCGCAUUUUUGGGUGAGUGUGGCUUCGGCUGCAAGCUUCCUGGUCAUCUCGGUAUCGCUUGUGAUUUGUGCGACGCUUUUUCAAAAUAUCAAUUCGUUGUACUACGAAAUACUCGGAGACAUGGAUGAUUUCAAGACAAUUGCUAACGACGCAUGGUCCGAGAUAAUGAACUUUCAAGUGAUGCGUGGUAGGCGUUUUCCGGAUCGUUCCGCCAAAUUCACGUUCACGGAAUACCUACAGUCGAAGCGUGUGCAGCGGCAAGCUCCUGGUGGUUACAAAGAAGGUGGCGCUACGUAUGCUGGCGGAGUCGCUGCUCCACCUGCACAGUGCGCAUGUGCAGCGCAGCCGAAUAAUUGUCCGCCGGGCCCGCCGGGGCCUCCUGGAAUGCCUGGCACACCGGGAAGUGACGGAGAACCUGGACAACCGGGAAAUCCAGGAGUAAACGGAAUUGAUAUCGAAUAUGCACCUCAACUCGGCGAAUACAAAACAUGCAUCACGUGUCCAGCUGGUCCACCGGGACCACCCGGGCAAGUUGGUCCACCAGGAAUGCAGGGACCUCCAGGACUACCGGGACAGCCAGGCCCUGAUGGGGUUGUGGGCCCUGCAGGACCUCCCGGUCCGGCCGGUGACGAAGGGCAACCCGGUUCUCCUGGACCAAUCGGCCCACCGGGACCACCAGGUGCACCAGCAACAGUAUUGUACGGUACGCCAGGGCCGAAAGGACCUGCUGGACCACCUGGACCUGCAGGUGCACCGGGAGGCGAUGGCAUACCAGGUCAACCGGGACCAAUGGGUCCACCAGGACAGUAUGGUCCGCCAGGCAACGAUGGAUAUCCCGGAACAGAUGGACAGCCU